AGUUCUUCCUCUGCUUCCUCUGUUUCUCUCAUUGGUGUCACAUAAUUUGGUUUUCCGUCUUUUCUUUCGUUUUCCUGGUAAACGGGAGUUUCUUUACGUUGCCUGUUCUCGUUUGAUUAUAAUAUUCGCUGGAUUGGUGGCUAUUGCUUGCGAUCAAGAGUUUUAAGGAUAUUAGGAGACAAGAUGGCUACAAUAGAAGAACCUCUGUAUCCCGUAGCGGUUUUAAUUGAUGAGCUGAAGAGCGAUGAUAUCCAGCGUAGGCUAAACUCGAUCCGCAAACUUUCCACAGUUGCACGUGUACUUGGGGAGGAAAGGACCAGGAAGGAAUUGAUUCCCUUUCUCAGUGAGAGCAAUGACGAUGAUGAUGAGGUGCUUCUAGCGAUGGCAGAGGAGUUGGGGGCUUUUAUCCCUUAUGUUGGAGGCGUAGAACAUGCCAAUGUGCUACUGCCUCCAUUAGAAGCUCUCUGCUCGGUUGAGGAAACUUGCGUGAGGGACAAAGCAGUGGAGUCACUAUGUAGAAUUGGAGCUCGAAUGAGAGAAAAAGACUUGGUCGAGUACUUUAAUCCUCUGGUUAAGAGGCUGGCUGCUGGUGAGUGGUUCACAGCGCGAGUUUCCUCAUGUGGUUUGUUUCAUAUGGCUUACCCUAGUGCACCGGAGGCCUUAAAAACGGAGCUGAGAACUAUGUACGGUCAGCUGUGUCAAGAUGAUAUGCCAAUGGUUAGGAGAUCUGCUGCAACAAACCUGGGAAAAUUUGCUGCCACUGUUGAAGUUACUUAUUUGAAAACCAAUAUCAUGCCCAUGUUUGAGGAUCUAACACAAGAUGAACAAGAUUCUGUUCGGUUACUUGCUGUUGAAGGCUGUUCAGCUCUUGGGAAAUUGGUGGACCCUCAAGAUUGUGUGACACUUAUCCUUCCUAUCAUUGUUAAUUUCUCCCAGGAUAAGUCAUGGCGCGUUCGUUACAUGGUUGCUAAUCAACUAUAUGAGCUCUGUGAAGCUGUUGGUCCUGAGCCCACCAGGUCAGACUUGCUUCCUGCGUAUGUUCGGCUACUGCGUGAUCAUGAGGCUGAAGUACGUAUUGCUGCUGCUGGAAAAGUUACAAAGUUUUCUCGCAUGUUAAAUCCAGAACUAGCCAUCCAGCAUAUUCUACCAUGUGUGAAGGAGUUAUCAACUGAUUCAUCUCAACAUGUUCGCUCUGCAUUGGCUUCAGUUAUAAUGGGAAUGGCUCCAGUAUUAGGGAAGGAUGCAACAAUUGAGCAGCUUCUGCCAAUUUUCCUUUCACUUUUGAAAGAUGAGUUUCCUGAUGUCAGGCUGAACAUUAUCAGCAAGCUCGACCAAGUAAAUCAGGUAAUUGGCAUUGAUCUAUUAUCUCAGUCUUUAUUACCAGCUAUUGUUGAGCUAGCCGAGGAUCGUCACUGGAGAGUUCGACUCGCAAUCAUAGAAUAUAUACCUUUAUUGGCAAGUCAGUUGGGUGUAGAUUUUUUUGAUGACAAGCUUGGAGCACUUUGCAUGCAAUGGCUGAAGGACAAGGUCUACUCAAUUCGUGAUGCGGCUGCUAAUAACGUGAAACGCUUGGCAGAAGAAUUUGGACCAGAUUGGGCAAUGCAGCAUAUAAUUCCUCAGGUUUUGGAGAUGAUAAACGAUCCAAACUAUCUUUAUCGAAUGACCGUUCUUCAUGCAAUCUCUCUGUUAGCUCCUGUUCUGGGCUCAGAGAUUGCUUCUUCAAAACUGCUCCCUGUAGUCAUAGACGCAUCAAAAGACAGGGUGCCCAACAUCAAAUUCAAUGUAGCUAAAGUUCUUCAGUCCAUCAUUCCAGUUGUAGCUCAGUCUGUGGUUGAGAAGGCUAUCCGUCCCUGUUUGGCUGAACUCAGUGAGGAUCCUGAUGUUGAUGUUAGGUUCUUUGCCACCCAAGCACUACAAUCUAACCAUGAAGUCGGAAAGCCCAGCUAGAUCAAUCUGAUUAUUGUUAUCAGUUCUUUCCCCUUGUUAUCUUCCCUGUUUCCUUUGUUAUUGGAAUCAAGAAAACUUGCAUAUUUUUCUGUAGCUCACAUUAUUGCUGCUGAGGCUCUGUUUUAAUCAUUUCCCCCUUGAAAUUUAUAGCAGUUUCUUCUUUGUAGCAUUGUAAAGUUGUCCAGAAGUGGAUGGAUUUUGAUGUAUACAUUAAAAUGUCAGAGUAUAUAUGAAAAUCUAAAUAUCAAAAUAAGAUGAGCAUGUUUUGUACGUACAUGCCAGAUUC